UCUCUCCGUAUAAAGUUGAUACUAGCUUUUUCUUCUCUCUGCGUUUGCUUUGCUUUGCUUCGUUGCGAGCUAUGGUUGGUGGUGGUGGUGGUGUGGUGGUUGUUCGGGCUGUGCUGCUGCUGCUCGCCGCCGUGGCCGCGGCGGAGGCGCUGAGCCUGGACGUCCACCACCGGUACUCGGCGGCGGUGCGCCGGUGGGCGGCCGCCGCCGCGCCGCCACACGGGACGGCCGAGUACUACGCCGCGCUUGCCGGCCACGACGGCCUGCGCCGCCGGUCGCUCGGCGUCGGCGGCGGCGGCGGCGGCGCCGAGUUCGCCUUCGCCGACGGCAACGACACCUACCGCCUCAACGAUUUCGGAUUUUUGCAUUACGCGGUGGUGGCGCUGGGGACGCCGAACGUGACGUUCUUGGUGGCGCUCGACACCGGCAGCGACCUCUUCUGGGUGCCAUGCGACUGCCUCAAGUGUGCUCCUUUCCAAUCCCCCAACUACGGAAGCUUGAAGUUCGACGUGUAUAGCCCUGCGCAAUCGACUACUAGCCGGAAGGUCCCGUGCAGUAGCAACUUGUGUGAUCUCCAAAAUGCCUGCCGUUCUAAGAGUAACAGCUGCCCCUACAGUAUCCAGUACUUGUCGGAUAACACCUCAUCCUCUGGGGUAUUAGUGGAGGAUGUCUUGUACUUGACAUCUGACUCCGCGCAAUCGAAAAUCGUUACAGCUCCGAUAAUGUUCGGCUGUGGACAGGUUCAGACAGGAUCGUUUCUAGGCAGUGCUGCGCCAAACGGUCUGCUUGGGCUUGGGAUGGACAGCAAAUCGGUUCCUAGCUUGCUAGCAAGCAAAGGACUUGCUGCUAAUUCUUUCUCCAUGUGCUUUGGCGAUGACGGUCAUGGUAGGAUCAAUUUUGGGGACACAGGAAGCUCGGAUCAGAAGGAAACUCCAUUGAAUGUUUAUAAACAGAAUCCAUAUUACAACAUAACUAUCACGGGAAUUACGGUGGGAAGUAAAUCGAUCAGCACAGAGUUCAGUGCUAUUGUUGACUCUGGCACGUCUUUCACGGCUCUGUCUGAUCCAAUGUAUACUCAAAUCACUAGCAGUUUUGAUGCACAAAUCCGUUCGAGCCGAAACAUGCUUGACUCUUCCAUGCCGUUUGAAUUUUGCUACUCAGUAAGUGCCAACGGAAUUGUUCAUCCAAAUGUAAGUCUGACAGCAAAAGGUGGAAGCAUAUUUCCUGUUAACGAUCCAAUAAUUACCAUAACGGACAAUGCUUUUAAUCCAGUUGGGUACUGCUUGGCUAUUAUGAAGAGUGAGGGUGUUAACUUAAUAGGAGAGAAUUUCAUGUCUGGACUGAAGGUCGUCUUUGACCGAGAGAGAAUGGUGUUGGGCUGGAAAAACUUCAACUGCUACAACUUCGACGAAUCGAGCAGACUUCCGGUGAACCCCAGCCCUUCAGCUGUUCCUUCGAAACCCGGUCUUGGUCCGAGUAGCUACACCCCUGAAGCAGCCAAAGGAGCUUUGCCAAACGGCACCCAGGUCAAUGUGAUGCCUUCAGCAAGCUCACCGCUGCAACCGCAGAGCGUUUCCGCCACCAUUGUUCUCCUAUUCCUCAUCGUUCUCUGAAUUCUGAAUUCUGAUCAGCUCAGCUCCAGCCACCAUAGCUUCAGAGCUCCAUUAUCCUGUAUUGAUGAUUUGAUUACACAUAGGAUCACAUUCUUUUUCUUCCUUGUUUUUGUAGUUGCUGUAGGGCUAUAGGAGUUGUAGAGUUGUAGAGAGGAUAGAUCACACUCACAAGAAUCGUCAUAGAGAGGCCAUUUUUCAGUUGAUUUUUUUUACGUGUUCAUAUGUAUAAACCUCAUAAUAAUGCAUUCCACUGAGGGUUUGUUUCAGGUGGAUUGAUGCACAUGUAUACAGGAUUUUGAUGUAUUGACUCAAUAGAUUAAUGAUGAUACUGGCCUAUAUAUAUAAUUGGAGAGAGUGUGCGUUUGAGUUCA